AUUGUUCCUGUUACAGUCAAUGGGCGACACGCUGAGAUUAAAUACAAGCAAUCUGACAGCGACAAUAAGUUUUAUAUCCAAUAUUGGCUGCUAUUGAGAGCGCAAAUUGCAACCUCUACACGUACCUAGAGAAACGCGUGACGAUGUUGGUCAAGGCAGGAAUACGCUGGACACCGAGGACAGAUGUUUGAUGACAAGGGUCGUGCAUGCGCCUCUCGACAGACAAGUGUCAUCACACCGUUUAACAGCAAAGAGAGCGACUUUUAAAUCAGGAUACACUUUUCAUGCUGCUAGGCAACGUUUGACAGGGAAUAUAUCGGCAUAACGGUUAACACGCCAACAUCGGGCGAGCAACAUCUGCAACAACAAUGUCGUCUGUGACGUCGACACCGCGAGAUGGUGUGAUGGCAGAGACGGCGUACUCCCUCCCCUCUACCCUGGGGAUAGAACGACAUGACCCACGCAUGAGACGGGCACCUGCCUACAGCUUUGGAUCCAGAUAUCUCCAGUUCAAGGACGACAGCCCUGGUCCGGCGUACAAUGUCGACAGCAGGGUGACGAAGUAUGGCCGGGAGAGGGAGAAGGGCGUCACCAUGGCCGGGAGACCCAGUCCUAGACCAGUUGCGAACAUAUCUCCGGGACCGAUCUACCGAACAGAUAGUCUGGGCUCCCCGCGCAACAAGCGCGCCCCCUGCUACAGCUUUGGUCGGCGCUCCUUCCCCAACUUUGACGGGGCCAACCCCGGCCCCACGACAUACAACAUCCCAUCCACCCUCGGCUCGGACGUCACCAGGUACCGAGGGAGUCGGGCAGUAGCACUCAGGGGUAGGGACCAGUUUGGAUUCUCAUACGACUGGUCUAAGACCCCCGGGCCAGCUGCGUAUGGAGCCCCAACCCCCAUGACAAAACGCGCACCUGUUGUUACCAUGAAGGGUCGGAACUACCUUCCCAGCUACAAGCAACAAAACCCGGGCCCUGGGGCCUAUGACACUGAUAAGUUGUUCUAUGGCAAACAGGCCAGUCCACGGUUCACCAUAGGCAUAAAACAUUCCGAUAAGGCGUUGCCGUAUUACACACUAGCGGAUGUCGGUGAGUGAUAUGUGUGUAACGACUCUCAAUACACAGAAGUAUUUCGACAUGCACUGAUCGGCGUUGGCCACCUGUUGAACAGUAUUGACAUUGGACACUCUUAUCUCAGCACUGCAGCUUCCACUUCACUGUAACGUACUUACAUCAGCGCCUACACCACCGCAACAACAGCAAGACCGCCUACAUCACCGACAACGAUAGCAACAGCACAGCAUCAACAGCUACAACAUCUACAUCACAGCAACAACACCUACAACCCCGAUAUCAACAGCAACAACACCUACAACCCCGAUAUCAACAGCAACAACAUUUACAUCAUCAUCAUCAACAGCAACAUCACCUACAUCACCGCCCACAGCAGCAACACCUUCAUCUCCGGCAUCAAAUGCAACACACACACACACACACACACACACACACACACACACACACACACACACACGCACGCACGCACGCACGCACGCACGCACGCACGCACGCACGCACGCACGCACGCACGCACACACACACACACACACACACACACACACACGUAUAUAUAUCACCGGCACCUACAACAAGAGUUACACAACCGGCAUCAAAAGAAAAGAUACCAACAUCACCAACCUCUACUGCGACAUCGCUAUUUGGCUGAAAUUAAGCCGAUGCGACGUUAAAUUUUAACACACUCAUUCCACUGCGACAAUAACUACAAAUCCUCAUCUACAUGAAAAGGACUAACAUAGCCGACAGUAACAGUUUACAUCAUCGUCAUCUACAGCAACAGCUCUAACAUCACCGACAUAGAGAGCAACAUGACUUACGUUCCCUGUAUCAACAGCAGCUUUGCAGCAACAGGGAAGCUGCAGACUCUCUGCGGUCAUCUUCCCGAGUCAAGGGAGUUUACGGACUGUAAAGGUCCGGUUUCCACCCUUGCCGAACUAGGCUGGAGUUUCGGGGCUCGAUCGUAGCGGCGCCAGUGGCUAUUACGACUUAUG